GAGCCUGGUCGGCGGCCGCGGAGUCUGCCAAUGCUCUGGCCGACAUCCCGUCGACUAUGGGCCUGGUCUCCGUUCGGCGCCAGGCCCAGGAUGAGCUCAACACGCGGACUUUCUCGUCGGCGGUCGACCCGAUCAACUACGACCAGGAUGAGGAGGAAGAGAACCGUGGUCAUGUUCCCGAUGCCGCUCGAGAUCAGGCCAGGGAGGAUCGUUCUUUCUCCAGGUCCACGGCAAAGCUCACACCUCAGCUCUUUGCCGAGUUGACGGGGCCGGGGUCCUCGUUCGGAUCGGGCCGCUCGGUCAUCGAGGCGGACUCUGAAGCCGGGGAUCCCCACAAUUUGCUCGGCCCCGUGGGAGAGCCGACCUCGUUCAGGCAGGCUAUCCUGUCCACUCGGCUGGCGAAUUUACAGUUUGUUCUCGCCGUGGAAGCCGAGUCCCCCGGGCAGUUCGCCGCGCAAGUGUUCGAGUGGACAGCUAGCUCGGCUAAGGAGGCUCACGAGUCGCUGGCGCUUCGAACUCACAUGCUCGAACAGUUCUGGACGUUUGCUCGAGCGGCCGAG